GCGUCAGUUGGCUCUGGCACGUAGAGAGAGCAAGACGCCACACAGAUCGAGCCAUGAAGAAGAGGAUUCUGCUGUUCGCAGUCACACUGAUCGCUGCUGGAUUGGGACCCCUGCCAGUAAAGUCUCAGGAUGAAGGAGAACAGAGCCACUCCACAUCUGUGGCGGGUAUGGUGAAGCUGCUGGAGGUGGAGGCACAGCUCAUUGAUGCCCUAAAGGACUAUGCGGGGGAGCUGGAAAAGAAGCUGCAGGCAGUGCGCAGUGGCAUAGCCAGCAUGCGGCAGGAGAGCAAACGAGCCCAGGACUCUAUGGAGGGGUACCUCUCGAAUCCGUUGAACUCUUUCAAACUCAUCCGCCGCAUGCACCGCGACUGGACAUUGUGGCAAAUAUUUAUGGACGAGCCGGUGGGUCUGACGCAGGUGGAUAGUGUCCAGGAGCUGCGCGAGCAGAUGCCCACCAGCACGGACCUCGAGGAGGCCGUCACCGCCCUGGACCGCAUACAGACCACCUACGGACUCACGAUGGCGGACAUCAGCAGCGGAAUACUCGAUGGCAGGCAGUACAAUGUCAGCCUCUCUGCUUUGGACACCUAUGCCAUGGGGCAGAUCCUCUUUGACGAGGGCAAUUAUGCGUCAGCUGCUGGCUGGCUCUACCAGUCGCUGGUGUGGCUGGAGGAUAAAAACAACAGGCUGCCAGCCCCUGUGGAGGUUUCUAAGGGAGAGGUGCAGGCCGUGUAUGCCGAAACGCUCCUUAAACUGGAGCGGCAUGCGGAUGCGUUGACAGUUGUCAACAUUGCACUGGAGGGCGAUAAGAGGAAUGAUAUUAAAAUGUUGCUGAAGAAAUCGGAAAUAGAAACGCUGAUAAGGAUGGGUCCCAACACCAUCGUCAAGGCACCCACGUUGAAGAGCACCUCAACGCGUGUGGGUGAGUACGAGCGUGGAUGUCGCGGCCUGUUCCCUUCGCUGUCCACGAAUCGCAAGCUCCACUGUCUGUACAACUCCAGCAAUUCGGAUUUCCUGCGCCUGGCACCGCUCAAGAUGGAGCUCGUGGGGCUGGACCCUUACAUGGUGCUCUACCAUGACGUGAUUUCUGCCUCGGAGAUCAGCCAACUGCAGGAGAUGGCAACGCCCGGGCUGAAGCGAGCGACGGUCUACAAGUCGUCCGCUUCCAAGAGUGUUGUGGUCAAGACGCGAACAUCGAAAGUCGCUUGGUUUACGGAUACAUUCAACGAGCUAACCGAACGACUCAACAGACGCAUCAGCGACAUGACCAACUUUGAGCUGUUGGGCUCCGAGAUGCUGCAGGUCAUGAACUAUGGCCUGGGCGGACACUACGACAAGCACUAUGACUUCUUCAAUGCGAGCUCAGCCACCAAUCUGACUCAAAUGAGCGGCGAUCGCAUUGCCACUGUUCUCUUUUAUCUGACGGAUGUGGAGCAGGGCGGUGCGACAGUCUUCCCCAACAUUCAGCGGGCUGUGUUUCCUCAGCGCGGAUCGGCCAUCGUCUGGUACAACCUGUUGGAUGAUGGCGAGACCAAUCCGCAGACACUCCACGCCGCCUGUCCCGUUCUUGUGGGCUCCAAAUGGGUGUGCAACAAGUGGAUUCGGGAACGAGCACAGCUCUUCAAACGGCCCUGCCUCAAGAGGGGAAAGUGAUUCCAAUGCUCAUUUCAAUGGAACUUUAAAAUAGUUUAACAAUGAAAUUACCUCAUUCCGUAAAUGGAACUAAAUAAAGACAAAACUCUACAGAAAUCAGACA